AACUCCCAUCGUCCCUUUCGUCUAACUAUAUUGCGCCCGUUCCGUUAAAGCUACCAUGUAAUGUUUACUUCUUCGGAACAACGGCGUGUCUUCUUGCGUUAACAGCACUGAAUCAGAUGCCGCAUCCGAUGUGCUAUAAACCGUCUAGUCGCUUUUUCACACGUUAAAGCGCAGGAACCCGUCGCGACAAACGGUGGAUUAUCCUGCGCCAGAGCUCCGUGUUUGUAAUGGCGAUGUUCCGCAAUUUUGUGUCCGCUGCUCAGCUCAGACAGCAGCAUCAGCAGCAAAAUGGAGCCGCUGCAGCCGCACCUGGAGAGAGUCUGGAGAGUCAGUUCUCCUGUCCCAUCUGUCUGGAGGUCUACCACAAACCUGUCAGCAUCGCCAGCUGCGCCCAUACUUUUUGUGGCGACUGUCUUCAGCCGUGUCUGCAGGUCACAUCACCGCUCUGUCCUCUCUGCCGUAUGCCCUUCGAUCCAAAGAAAGUGGACAAAUCCUCCAGCGUGGAGAAACAGCUCUCUUCAUAUAAAGCCCCGUGCAGGGGUUGCAGCAAAAAGGUCACUUUGGUCAAAAUGAGGUCGCACAUCUCAUCUUGCACAAAGGUUCAGGAACAGAUGGCCAAUUGCCCAAAGUUUAUGCCAGUGGUCCCCACCUCACAACCCAUUCCCAGUCCACAGACCCCCUCAGUACCUUCAAAGACCCUCAGCAAUAUUCCAAACCGUUCCACAUUUGUGUGUCCUUACUGUGGCGCUCGCAACCUGGACCAGCAGGAGCUAGUGAAGCACUGCAUGGAAAACCAUCGCAAUGAUCCCAACAAAGUGGUGAGUGUCAAAAAAUCAUCCAAGACUUCUUCUCAACCCUCCAGCACCUUCAAGUCAUGCAGUAAAGCAGCGGUUUGUCCAGUAUGUUCUGCAAUGCCCUGGGGUGACCCCAGCUACAAGAGCUCCAACUUUCUGCAGCAUCUUCUACACCGACACAAGUUCUCCUACGACACAUUUGUGGACUACAGUAUCGAUGAAGAAUCAGCACUUCAGGCCGCUUUGACCCUUUCACUGUCUGAGAACUGAGUGUGAAGUCUCAUCCUGCUCCACAAACUCAGACCAUCAGCUUUCAUCUGUCUAUUUCUUCAUUCCUCCUGUCACUCUACCUCUCUUCUUCUCUGUAUUUCUGAGCUACGCCCAUAAGUAGCCCCACAUAACUCUUCAGCAGACGUGUCACUUCCUGUUUCUUCAGAAGUGGGAGGGGCUUCUGGUUAUUUAUCGCUGUCAUUCAUAACUAUCAAAACAUUCAAUGCACAUAGGCAGAAAAGGAAGCGUGCUUGUUUUGGUUCUUCCUUAUUUUCUCUUUUAUGUUCAAAUAUGGACAGAUUGCACAGAAACCCCUUUGAGUCAGUUUGGCGAGGUCAUCGCUCCUGAUAUAAAGGAUAGAUCACUCAAAGCUGAACGUUCUGUCACAUUUUACUUGCAUUGCAAACUGCGUGAUGCCAUUUGAUGGCCAGUUUUGUCUCUUGAUGUCAAUUUGAAGUAAAACUUCAUCCCAGCAAGCAAUUUUAUGUUUAAAAGACAAAUAGCUGUAAAUGCCAUUCAAACCAAAGCCAGAUGUCGAGGAUAAAACGAGGCAAAAUUCAACCAAAUUCAAGUUUAUUGUGGCUAGUGGGUUACUCAUAGACAGACUACAUGUGACUCUGGACUGCAAAACCAGUCGUAAGUCACACGGGUAUAUUUGUAGAAAAUGGCCAAAAAUACACUGCAUUGGACAAAAUUAUAGAUUUUUAACUACAGUUAAAAUAAAAUAAAAACAUUGUAACUGUAGUAAAGCCAUGGUUACUACAAAAUAACCAUGGUUUUGUAAUGCAUGGUUUUCAAAAAGCAUAGUCAAAACGAUGGUUUUGCUAAUAGUAAUAAAUACACCAAAAAGACAUGGUUAACUACACCUUUACCACAAAAAACAUGGUUAAUUUUUGUAGGGGUAUACAGCAAAAAUCAUUAGGAUAUUAAGUAAAUAACAUGUUCCAUGAAGAUACUUUGAAAAUGUCCUACCGUAAAUAUAUCAAAGCUUUACUUGUUGUGAGUGAAUGCAGCAAAAUUGCCAACAAAAUUUGUUUUUUAAUAUAUCCCCAUUCAGUAUACAAGGUCAUUACAGCAGUAAGCCAGUAGAGAGCGCUAAAACAAACCUUUUUAUCAGUACUUCACUGCAAAAAAUGCCUUUCUUACUUAGUAUUUUGGUCUUGUUUUUUAGUAGAAAUAUCUAAAAAUUCUUAAAUCAAGAUGCAUUUUCUUGAUGCACAAAAUAAAUGACCUAAGAAAAUAAGUCUAGUUUUUAGACAAAAAUAUACAAUUUAAGUGAAUUUGUGCUAACACAAGCAAAAA